AAGCAAACGUGAGCUGUCUUGCCCCCGGUGGUUGUGGCCCCGUCGUAAGCCAUGGCUGUGCCAAACAGGAUGCGCAGCUGCGCGAAGCUGCGCUGGCUCUUCUUGCCGUGUGUGUUGCUGACAUACGAAGGAUUUGCCUUCCUGUGCCCUGUUGGCACGCACCGCCUGCAGAGCCGGACUAGGGAGCGACUUCAUGGCGGGUUUGGCCUUGGCGAUCUGCCGGGACGGGAAAAGACGAUCCCGCGGAUGGCCGCGCCGAGCGCUCGGCAGAUCGGCGCCGGGGUCGCUGUGCUGGGCCUUCUGAAGAUCAUUUCCUCGAGGAUAUGUGACUGGUUCCAGACUCCCAAGCGGCCCUAUGGCGAAGGAUCCGUGGGCAGCGCCUAUGACGAAUGGGCUCGGGAGGGAGUCCUGGAGCACUACUGGGGGGAGCACAUCCACAUGGGUUCAUACAACCCGAUGGACAAGCAGAGCGGCUACCGCAAGAAGGAUUCAUUUUUCGUCGCACUCAUCCGGGCCACGCUGGGUCGCUUGAAGAACUUCAAGGAGGCCAAGAUCGACUUUGUGCACGAUAUGAUUGACUUCAGCCGUGCGACCGCGCCCAAAAAGAUCCUCGAUGUUGGCUGCGGCAUCGGAGGUUCGUCCAGGAUUCUGGCGAAGCGUUUUCCAGACGCAGAGGUGCUGGGUAUCACCCUUUCGCCCCAGCAGGCGGAGAGAGCCGCCAACUUGGCAAAGAAAGCAGGCCUGAAGAACGUGCGGUUCCAGGUCAUGGAUGCCCUGAACAUGGAGUUCGCAGACGACUCCUUUGACAUGGUUUGGGCCUGUGAGUCUGGCGAGCACAUGCCUGACAAAAAGAGGUAUGUGGAGGAGAUGGCGCGUGUGCUCAAACCCAAAGGAAACAUGGUCGUGGCAACCUGGUGCGAGCGAGACCCUGUCCCAAUCUUCACCUCCGAAGAGCGGAAGACGCUCAAUUUUCUUUACGCGGAGUGGUCGCAUCCGUAUUUCAUAUCUCUCAGCAAGUACAAGGAGCAUUUGGAUGGCACUGGCAAGUUGGAGCAGGUGGAGACUGCAGACUGGACUGAUCAAACACUGCCGUCUUGGCGACACUCAGUGUGGGUGGGUGUUUGGUCGCCAUGGUACUGGAUCAAGGUCACGCUGAGGAAGCCAGCAGCUUUCCUUGGAUUCCUGCGCGAGGUGUACACUUUGGAGAAGUACCACGUGUCAAUGGUCGACGGGCUCAUGGUGUAUGGGAUGAUGAGGGCAGUCAAGAAAUAGUCCAUGUAUAUACAAUUUUCUCGGUUUCACCUACGACCAGCUUAUAUUUGUAUUAUC